UAAUACUCAAUAUGGUUCGGUUGACACUCAGUACACAUCAAAGCAGACGUGUUUUAAACAAUGAAUAGUAAAUUUCAUGUUAUGGAAAUUUUAAUUUUAUUUACGAGUGUAAUGUUAAUUUUUAACGUAAGUGGAUUUGUUUUAAAUUACGACGACGAAGACCAAAUUUUUGACAUGUUAUUAUAUGAUUACUAUCCUCCCCUUGUGUUUGAUGAUAAGAUGGAUACGUCAAACGAUGAAGGACAACAACCUAUAUUUUUGAAUGGCGUAUGGCUGUGUGGUAAUUGUUCAGACAUAAAUGAAGCUAAUAUUAUAUAUAAUGAAUCCUAUGACGUCGAGACUUUAAACGACGAAAUGGAGCUACAGAUUGGCUUCGCAAUGGACAGAAUGCGAUGCAUUAAAAUCAAAACCGACGGAGACAGUAAAGUGGCCCGCGUUAGCGGUGCAUGCACAAGUGAGACGGUUUCCAUAAAGGUUGUCAAUGCUAGCCAUUGUGACGUAUGGAUUUACAGUUAAAUAGUAUUACAUAUAAUAUGUUUGAAAUAUUAUUCGUACUGUUUAUACAUCUAAAAGCAAAAUUUAUUAACAUUUGUAAGCGUAAUGUCAUCACUCCUUUAUGAAAGUGAGAUUCGUAAUUAAGAUAAAAUCAGAUAUUAAAGACAAAAACUUUGUUAAA